UUAUAUAAAAGCUUGUGUCCUAGGUAAAUGGGUCAGUUGACUUAGUUUUUGUAUCGUUCGAAAUUGGUGCAGGAUCCAAUAAAUACAGAAACAUGAAGUUUUUGGUAUUUUUAGGUCUUAUAGGGUUUGCUCUUUGCCAGGACAGGAUCGACCAGCUGUUUAGCUUGGUGGAUGCCAACAAGGACGACUCCAUCCAAAAGGCCGAACUGAUGGCCGUAUUCCUUUCAUUUGAUGACGACGAUGAUGGCAGUGUGUCGGAGAAUGAGUUUGUCACCAAUUGGGUUACCAAGACAGGGUCCUCCCCAGAAGCUGCGAAGGCACUCUUCGACCUGACUGACGCUGCGGGUGGCGACGCGAACGGUGCAAUUACGCCCACUGACGUGGACGCGGUCUUUGUCGCUUUUGAUGCUGAUGGAAGCGGCGAAGUUUCUAAGGCCGAGUUUAGAGCCAAAUGGAACGAGGUAAAAUUAUCUUGA